CCCUGCCUGUUGGGAGGACGGAGGCGCCUGAGCCGCCCCGGGGAUCCCACCCCACCCCACCGGGAGCACCGGCAGCCAGAGGUCGGCUUUUCUGGGGCUUCGGGGUGGGAAGGGGUAGACCUGUCCCUGUGCCCUGCUUCUUUAGCGGAAGGACAUCAGGGUACCCCCAGCCCCUGCCUGGGUGUCCAGUGUCCUUUCGGGGCCACUUGUGUGGUGAGGAACUGGGAGGCCGUGUGUGAGUGCCAGCAGGUCUGUGCCGGCCUCUACGACCCCGUGUGUGGCAACGACGGUGUCACCUAUGGAAGCCCCUGUGAGCUGGAGGCCACGGCCUGUGUCCUCAAGAAGGAGAUCCUGGUCACCCGCAAGGGGCCGUGUGGCCUCUGCGGAAAGUGCCAGUUUGGGGCCCUGUGCGAGGCGGAGACGGGCCGCUGCGUGUGCCCCACGGAGUGCGUGUCCUCGGCCCAGCCCGUGUGCGGCUCCGAUGGGAACACGUACGGCAGCGAGUGUGAGCUGCACGUGCACGCCUGCACCCGCCAGAUCCAUCUCAGCGUGGCGUCCCCCGGACAUUGCAAGACGUGCGGGGACGCGGUGUGCGCCUUCGGGGCCGUGUGCUCCGACGGGCAGUGCGUGUGCCCUCGCUGCGAGCGUCCGCCCCCCGGCCCGGUCUGCGGCAGCGACGGCGUCACCUACGGCAGCAGCUGCGAGCUCCGGGAGGCCUCCUGCCAGCAGCAGAAGACCAUCGAAGAGGCCCGGCCGGGGCCCUGCGAGGACGAAUGUGGCUCCGGCGGCUCGGGCUCAGGCGAGGAUGGAGACUGUGAGCGGGAGCGAUGCCGCUGGUGGGGAGGCGUGUGGGACGAGGACUCCGAGGACAAUUGGUGUAUCUGUGACUUCAGCUGCCAGACCGUGCUGCGCAGCCCGGUGUGUGGAUCUGACGGCAUCACCUACGGGAACGAGUGUGAGCUGAAAAAGGCGAGGUGCGAGAGUCAGCGGGACCUGUACGUCACGGCGCAGGGUGCCUGCCGAGCCACCCCGACGAUGGUCCCGCCGCCACCGGUGCUGCACUGCUCCCAGACCCCCUACGGCUGCUGUCUGGACAACGUCACCCGGGCGCAGGGGGUGGGCCUGGCCGGCUGUCCAAGCACCUGUCAGUGCAACCCUUACGGCUCGUACGGGGGAGGCUGUGACCCCACCUCAGGCCAGUGUUCCUGCCGCCCCGGUGUGGGGGGCCUCAAGUGUGACCGGUGCGAGCCCGGCUUCUGGAACUUCCGCGGCAUCGUGACGGACAGCCGGAGCGGCUGCACCCCCUGUAACUGUGACCCUGGAGGCGCCGUACGAGACGACUGUGAGCAGAUGACCGGCCUGUGCUCCUGCAAGGAGGGCAUUACGGGGAUGAAGUGCAGCCAGUGCCCACCGGGCAGCAUCCUGGGCCCCUCAGGCUGUGAGAACGACCCCUUGGCUCCCAAGUCAUGUGCCGAGCUGAGCUGUGAGUUUGGGGCAUCCUGUGUGGAGACGGGUGGCUCUGCCCACUGUGAGUGCCCAGCACCCGUGUGUCCAGAGGACAACAUGAUCAAGGUCUGUGGCUCAGAUGGGGUGACCUAUGGAGACCCGUGUCAGCUGAGGACUAUCGCCUGCCGCCAGGGCCGGACUAUUACUGUGCGGCAUUUUGGGCAGUGCCACGAGCCCAGCACCCACGGGAGCCCCUCUGCCCAUCCUCCCACUGCUCCAUCUAUGGCAGCUUCAGAAACUGUCCUACCCUCACUCCUGAAGUUCACUAGCCAGGCCCCAGAGACCACAGUGACCACAGAACUGGGGACCAUCUGGCAGGGACGGAGCGCCCAUUCCACCCAUCGCAGCCGCCCCACUACUCGGCCUUCCGUGCCUGCCUGGACUACAGCAGGUGUCCACCGGACCACAGCACGACCUGCUAUUCCUGUCCGAACCACUCCAGGUCUCCACAGGACAACCAUGUGGCCUUCCACGCCAACGUGGACCACGGCCGGGGUUCACAGAAGCACGGUGCGACCUAUCCUGACGGCCCCGGUCGUCCCCGCUGCCAUCCCCACUCUGGCCUACUCUGAGUCGGGCAGUGCUGAUGACAACAGUGGGGAUGAGGAGCUCAGUGGUGAUCUGGAGGCCAGUGGGGCAGGAUCAGCAGGGAUGGAGCUUUUGGAAGAAGGGGGUGUGGCUGCCCCUACUGCUGCCAUUGAGAGGGCUUCCUGCUACAACUUGCCACUGGGCUGCUGCUCGGAUGGCGAGACACCUGCCCUGGACGCUGAGGGCACCAACUGCCCAGGUAUGUGGGCCUCCAGGGGCCCUGGAAGAUAGGGCUGUGUCCGAGGAGGCUGCUCACAUCCUCCCUUAAUGGCCCCUCCCCAUUCUGUAGUCCCGGCCUUUGCUGGAUCCAUGAGGACUAUCUAGGUCUCUAUUGCCCUGCUGCCUGUCAAAGUCCAAGGACUUCUCUUUCUCUUUUAGUCUCUCCUUCUAACUCUGAGCCCUGGGUGCGGAUCCCUUUCCCUUUCCCCCUUCCCUUGGGGACUCCAAUGUUGGACCUUCUGCUCCGUGUAGAAUGCUGCUGUGUACAUAGUUAUUGACAUGUUGGCCUCUUCUGUUAGAAUGUAAGCUCACUGAGGGCAGGCAACCCCUCUGAGUAGCCUUCGGAUUUAGCACAAUGCCUAUAAAGGGCAUUUGGGAUUUGGGCAGCAGCCCUUGGAGCAGGGGGCAAUGCCCAGUGGAAAAAUCUGCCCACUCACCGGUGUGAAAGGACUUCCUGUGGUUGGGCAUCCUUGGAGAGAGAGAGAGGAAGAGAGAGAGAGGAAGAGAGAGAGA